AUAUUUUCAUAGAGACAUCUUUUGUUAUACAUAUCUUCUAUAAUCUUUUUAUUAUACAUAUCUUCUAUAAUCAUUAUCUUUUGUUAUACAUAUCUUCUAUAAUCUUUUUAUAAAUAAACAUUUAAAUCCUAACCCUUAUUUUUGUAUCUUUUUAUAAAUAGAGACAUUUGAUUCUGAAAGCGUUGUAUAUUUUCACACGUUCCUCACAAAAACACACGUUCCUGUAUAUUUUCUACGACUACGUUGUAUCACAUUCACAGCGGAGCAAGAAAGCAUGGAAAACGAUGAAGCAUUGAGCUGCAAGAAGUAUGGAGUCCCACUGUACGCCGCCGCCUGGGUUCCAUCUGCCGCCGGUAGAUUAGAUACCGCCAAAGAGUUGGAAACUCCUGCCAAACCCCUCGUUGUCCUAGCCGGAGGCGGCGGAAAAGGCAACACCGGAAUACCAAAUGCCAUCCUCCUCUCGGCCUUUGAUUCCGAAUCCUGCUCCCUCUCUGAUCAGCCUGUGGCUAAGCUGGGAACUGGUAGCGAUCUGCCUUACAGAAUUGGAGUUCAUCCUGGAGGAGAAGGCAUUAUUUGUUCAUUUUGUCCCCAAAACUGCAGAUGGUUUGAAUGGGAUUCAAAUACGGACGACCAAACUUUAAGGCUGAAGUCAUCAGAGAAAGUCCUUAAGCCUUUGGAAGAUGUUGGCCUACAACUAGCGUUGACCUUCAACACUGAGGGAAAUUUACUUGCUGUUGGCGGUGAGGAUGGUCAGUUAAGGGUUUUCAAGUGGCCAGCCAUGGAAAGUAUUCUUAGUGAGGCCAAUGCUCAUUCUUCUGUGGGAGAUUUAGAUUUCAGCCCUGAUGGGAAGUUUCUUGUCUCUGUUGGAGGGGGCCCUGGAAGGAUUUGGGAUGUUGCAUCAUCAUCAUCUGUAGUUUCUCUACCAAAGGAAAAUGAUGAGAUUUUUUCUUUUUGUCGGUUUUCACGCAGUACCGGCACAGAUCAGGUUCUGUAUAUAACGACAAACAGAGAUAAAGGUGGUAGUAUUGUAAAGUGGAACCCAACUUCAUGGGAAAGGAUAAGUUCAACAUUCGUCUCUCGGGAUCAAGUUUCUGCUUUUAAUGUGUCGCCUGAUGGGAAGCUCCUUGCUAUAGGAACAACUGAAGGAGACAUUCUGAUUAUAAAUUCAGCCAACAUGCGGACACGAACUAUUAUCAAGAAAGCACAUCUAGGCAUGGUAACCGCAAUGGCAUUCUCACAAGAUUCAAGAGCUGUUGUGUCCGCAUCCUGUGACUCAAGUUCAAGGGUGAUAUUGAUUAAGGAUGAGCAGAAAGGUGGCAUAAACUUGUGGAUCAUUUUGUUCUUCAUUUUACUAGCAGUAGCAGUAUAUUAUGCCAAAGACAGUGGAUAUUUACCUCUGGAACUAUGACUGCCAUUGUGCAACAACUUGAAGACUUGAAUGACUUAAGACACCAUUGUUGAUGGUAGCGGACAGACUGCGGAUUUACAUACUAUUUGAUUCACAAAUUCAUAUAGAAAAUGGGGAUAUCUUUUGGUGCAUGUAACAUUAUUGUUUUGUUUAAUCCAGUUUUUGGUAUUGGUAUGCGAGUGAAAGGAUGCUCAAUUAUCCAAGUAAAUGUUAAUCACCAUGUUUUUGA